AUGUAUUAUUACGAAUUCCGAAAAUUAGUGGACCUUGAAAAUGAAAUUGAAUCAUCUAACAUCAAUCAUCUUCAAUUAAUUCCAAAACCUGAACAAUUAGCAUUAAGAGAUGAUCAAUCAUUUUAUAAAAGUAUUAACAAAAUAAUGCCAUUAGACUCCGUUAAAGCAGAUUCUUUACCACCUCAAUAUUACGAACAAUCAAAUUCAAAUGAUUCUUCUAAUGUAAAUAUGGGACAUGUUACAUUUCAAGAUUUUAGUUUAGAUCAAGCAAAUAAUCAUAUAAGUACUCCAAUUGAUCAACAACCCAUUGAAACUCAACAUGUCCAACAAAUUAAUGAAAAACCGUAUCGCCAUCGGAAUUCUAAAGUCAGUAAAUGUGAAUUAAUUGGAUUUUUGUUCAUUUUUAGUUGUUUGAUAUACUUAUUCAUUAAAGCUUUUGCCCAGUCAUAA